AAACAAACUUUAAUUCAUCAUCAUCGGUUUGUUCUUUGAUUCCACAAUGAAGCGUCUGCUGCUGCUUGCUCUCUGCAGCCUUUCUCUAUCAAGAUCUGAAUCAAAGUUCGUGCCGUAUGAUUAUUCUGCAACCAUAGAGUGUCUAGCUAAACCAUUUAAACCACAGUACAAUGGAGGAAUCAUAGUAAACCCUGACCUACGUAAUGGUCCACAAGCCUGGUCACAAUUCGGAAACGCAAAAGUCGAAUUCAGAGAGAUUGGAGGCGAUAAGUUUGUUGUUGCACGAGAGAGGAAACAACCUUUUGACAGCGUCUCACAAAAGGUUUAUCUGGAAAAGGGUCUUCUCUACACUUUCUCCGCUUGGUUACAAGUAAACAAAGGAAAUGCUCCGGUAAAAGCCGUUUUCAAGAAGAACGGUGAAUAUAAGCACGCCGGUUCUGUUAUUGCUGAAUCCAAAUGCUGGUCCAUGCUCAAAGGUGGUCUCACUGUUGAUGAAUCUGGUCCUGCCGAACUCUACUUCGAGAGCGACGACACAACGGUUGAGAUUUGGGUUGAUAGCGUCUCGCUGCAACCAUUCACAGAAAAAGAGUGGAACACUCACCACGAGCUGAGCAUUCAGAAGGAGAGAAAGAGAACCGUUAGAAUCAGAGCUGUGAAUAGCAAAGGCGAGCCGAUCCCAAAAGCAACCAUAACCGUAGAACAGAGGAAACUCGGAUUCCCAUUUGGAUGCGAGGUAGAAAAGAACAUACUUGAGAGCCAAGCAUACCAAAACUGGUUCACUCAAAGGUUCACAGUAACAACUUUCGCCAACGAGAUGAAAUGGUACAGCACAGAAGUAGUCAGAGGCAAAGAGAAUUACUCAAUCGCAGAUGCGAUGUUGAGUUUCUUCAAGAAGCACGGGGUCGCUGUGCGUGGACACAAUGUUGUAUGGAACGACGACAAGUAUCAACUUCAAUGGCUGAAUUCUCUCUCCGGUCGCGAGUUCUACAAUGCAGUGAAACAGAGGAUUUUCUCUGUGGUUUCACGAUACAAAGGCCAGCUUGCGGGUUGGGACGUUGUGAAUGAGAAUCUACAUUUUUCCUACUUCGAGAAAAAGAUGGGUCCUAAGGCUUCUUAUAACAUUUAUAAGAUGGCACAGGCGUUCGAUCCAACAACAACUAAGUUUCUGAAUGAAUACAAUACGUUAGAGGAACCUAGGGAUUCAGAUUCUUGUCCAGCAAGGUAUUUGAAGAAGCUUAGGGAGCUUAAAUCAAUCCGUGUUCGCGGAAACAUAUCGCUAGGGAUCGGUCUCGAGUCUCAUUUUAAGACUCCUAACCUUCCGUAUAUGAGAUCAGCUCUUGACACUCUUGGUGCCACCGGUUUGCCUAUUUGGCUCACUGAGGUCGAUGUUGAAGCUCCUCCAAAUGUCCAAGCCAAGUAUUUCGAGCAGGUUCUAAGGGAAGGCCACGCACAUCCUCAAGUGAAAGGAAUGGUGACGUGGAGUGGUUAUUCUCCAACAGGUUGCUACCGAAUGUGCCUCACCGAUGGAAACUUUAAGAACCUACCCACCGGAGACGUCGUGGACAGACUUCUACAUGAAUGGGGAGGUUUCCGCAAACAAACCACAGGUGUCACUGAUGCUGAUGGAUUCUUUGAAGCUUCACUCUUCCAUGGUGACUAUGAUCUCAAGAUUGCUCAUCCUCUCUCCAAUUCAAAAGCUUCUCACAGCUUUAAGCUGACUUCUGAUGACUCCUCAAACACUCAACCAUCCUCUUUUGUCUUUCGUGUUUAAGAAGACAAGUAUACAGCUACUUUAUACUUGAGUAAUUUGAUUCUUAGUCAUGAAUGGUGGCAGAUAGUAUUGUUUGUGAAUUAAUCUAGACAUGGUAUAUAUGUGUAUCCAUGUCUGCGGAAACCCCCAAGGGCUAAUCAUUAGCAUCAUUGGGUUGGGUUUUUUAAAGUUUAAGCUUUGAUAUUGUAAUGGAUUUGCCAAUAAUAUUGAACUUCCUCUUAACUAUUUUGAUAAGUCUUUUAACUUGUUGUAGUCUUCACUUUGAUUGCCAUGUUCUCGCCCAAUAUUAAGUAAAUGCUCCAUUGAUUUUACAGUCUAAAAACAAUGACGUUAUAU